CUCGAGAUUCCCGUUGCUGCCUCCAGGCCUUGCUGCCCGCCCCGUCCUGCCGCCCAGUCCCUGCCUCUGCAAACCGUCGAUAUGGCCGAUCCUGCUCUAGACGAGAUUCUGCCCAUCCGCAACCUCUUCUAUCUCGGCGACUACCAGAAGGUCGUCAACGAGGCCACAAAUCCUCAUCAGCCCCGGACCGAGCAGGCACGAUUACUGCGCAGGGUCUUCCUCUACCGGGCCUAUCUGGCUCAGAAAAAGUACAACAUGGUCAUCAGCGAGAUCGCAAAGGCGUCCGAGAUCGAGCUGAGAGCGAUUGGCACCAUCGCCCGCUAUUUCAUCACCCCCGCCGCCCAGCGAGAUCAACUCGUUGCCGAGAUGAAGGCCUUGGCGGACGAAUCCCUGGGUCUCAACGUUACCGUCCAAAUUCUGGCCGCUACCCUGUUUUUCGCACACGGACUACUAGACGAUGCGCUCAGGCUCGUCGCCGAGAAGCAUCAGAACUUGGAAUGCAUCGCGCUGACCGUACAAGCCUACCUGAAACUCGAUCGGCCCAACCUCGCUCUGCAGGCCGUCCAGAAGAUGAAGGCCUGGGCCGAGGAUGAUGUCCUGGCGCAGCUGAUCGAGUCGUGGGUCAAUCUCUAUAUCGGCGGGCCUGAACGCACCCAGGAGUCUGUCUACACCUUUGAGGAACUGGUCUCGUCCAAGGGCCCGACUGCCAAGCUGCUCAACAGCCAAGCGGUCUCCAAAAUGACCACUGGACAGUUCGCGGAGGCCGAGGGUCUCUUGUUCGAAGCUCUCAACAAAAACAACAACGAUCCCGACACCAUUGCCAACCUGCUGGUGUGUGCCGAUGCAACCGGCAAGUCGUCCGACGUGAUCAACCGAUACAUCAGCCAACUGCACGAUGUCGCCCAGGACCAUGCUGCCCUCCAGGACCGCUCGCUGAAGGAGACUCUUUUCGACCGCUGUGCACAGCGGUUCCAGAUCUAGAACCUCUGACCGCGCUCGCCCUUUCGUAUUCCUUGACCCCAUCGUGCACUCGCCCGCAGCUCUAAAUAAAGCCGAGCUGGCUGCACAAGCCACUUCCACCCGC